GGUAAUAAAGGUGGAGUUUCUGUCCGUCUUUCUUUCUACGGUCACAUGCUCUGCUUCCUAAACUGCCACCUGGCCGCUCACAUGAACUACGCCUCAGAGAGGGUGGAUGAGUUCGAGUACAUCAUGGACAAACUGGCCUUCGACUGUGAAAAUGCUCCAAAAAUUGCGGACCACAAGCUGGUGUUCUGGUUUGGAGAUCUGAACUUCAGGAUUCAGGAUCACGGCAUGCACUUUGUACGCUCCUGCAUCGAACAGCAGAACUACAGCCUGCUGUGGAGCAAAGACCAGCUGACGAUGAUGAAGAAGAAGGAGCAGCUGCUGCAGGAGUUUGAUGAAGGGCCUCUGGACUUUCAGCCCACCUACAAGUUUGACCUAAACUCCGACAAUUAUGACAGCAGGCUCUACAGGAACUGGUUUGGCUUUAAGUAAGAGCUUGUUGUCCCUUACCUAAAUGAUAUCACCCUGUUUUUAAUCCCCCUAACUGCACAUGUGCUACUUUUAACAUCAUGCUAUUCCCCUUUUUACGUAGAGUAACUUCUAGUUAAAGGCUUCAGUAACGCACGGCACAAUAAGCAAACAAAGCAGGUGCAACUAACAGUCUUUCUGAGACACAUUUGGGAACGUCUACGCACGGAAAGACUGAACGCAUGUUUAUUUUCCAGGAAGUAGUCUGACCCCCAUACAGUACAUGUACAUUUUUGGUGGCUAAAUGCUAUAUCUGUUAAAGGCAACCUGUGGAGUUGUUAUUUGUCCAUAUUAAGAUACCAUUAUUUUAAUUCAGAGUUUCUUACCAUUUCUGGAUAUAUAGAGCCGGGUUUUCAUGUGAAGAUACCAUUAUUUUUAAUCAUUCUUGCACAAAAUGAGGACUUCGCAGAGAUUCCCUUUCAUAGCUUCAUUAUUUGAUUUUAAUCUACUGAUACAGAUGGUAGAGAUGCACCGAGACACAUGUACAUUCAGGCUCUUAUAGCUUGAAGACAUGGAUGUAAACAAUGCUGAUUUUAUUAUUAAGAAUUGAAAUUGUUUUAUGAGCUUUUUUUUUUUUUUUAAUACAUUGAUAGCACUACAGCUAAUAUCAGAGUUUUGUCUGCACCGCGAAAAUCGUAAAAUGUUAAAGUGAUGCCAGAAAACAAUAUUUCUGUUUCUCAAAAACUGUAUAAUUCCUCCAGAAAUAUGACCAGU